CUCUAGUGCUACGGGGGUAUUCAAGAGGCGUUGGACGGUUUACGACACAAAGAGCCCAACUACAAACACCAGCAUGGCUUCGUUAUUGUCCCCUCGCUGCAGGAGCAGGUGAGCGGCAAGUUGGUCCUUGGUUAAGCAACGCAACAAAGUUCUUCAGUUUAUUCCGUCACCAUGGGAGGCGUUGAGUCCUCUGAAGACAGCAACGACCCCGACCAGCAGAAGGGACUUGGAUACCGGGUGUUUAACCUGUGCAAGGGGUCGCCGGCACACGAAGCCGGCUUGCAGAUCUACUUUGACUAUAUCGUCGGGGUAGAGGGAAGGCCGGUUGACGGCGAUCAGCAAAGUAUCUGGCAGAUACGGCUUGUGACACAGCUACUCGUCUAUGUUCAAAAGAAAAAUUUAGGUUUUCGAUGAAAGUGAAAAUCUGAAAAUAUCAAUUUUGCAUCGACGCUGUGUUGCAUAAGACACAUGAUCACUUCACAGGGUUCUUCGGCUCGAUUCGGCAGCGGAAGAACACAGAAACAAAUCUGACGGUGUUCAGCACGAAAACCACGAAACUACGCCAUGUCAAGCUGACACCGAAAGAAUGGGGCGGAAAGGGGCUUCUCGGAGCAACGAUAAGGUUCGAUGCCUACGACAGUCACGAGUACCGCGAUAUCAGGGUCACGAACGUGUUCGAAAACUCGCCCGCGGAAAUGGCCGGCGUGACACCGUAUUAUACAACUGUAUCUAUAGUUUUGCUGGUGCCGUGUUCAGAGCUUUUUUUUGUGCUAGAAGUUCGCGAUUUUUUCCAAACCAUGGAUAGUCUUGGACCGAUGAACGACCAACAUUCACAGCAACGAGGAUUUUCUUCUCGGCGCCGAAGGCACGUUGUUCCGCGACUUGGAUGACCUGGUGGAAUUGGUCCAGAGGUUUAAGGGAAAGUGCGUUUCCAUGUAUGUGUACAACGUGUUAUCUGACGAUACCCGCGUUGUCCCCAUCGUGCCCAGCGACGCCUGGGGCGGCCGCGGGAUUCUCGGGUGCGAGUUUGGCACCGGAUUGUUGCAUCGCAUUCCCGAUCCACAGAAACUGGCACGAAAGCGAGCGCUCAGCAACGGAUCCAUAAACGAGUCGGAGUCGGAGGGUGGGAUGUCGCCAGUGCGAAGGAUAAAUCCGAAUCACAUCGUCAUUGCGGAGGUAUGAUGGUCGUUGUUGUGGCUUUCAUACUAACUAGCCUGUUUGACGCUGACAUGUGGACGAGAUGAUGUUGGUUUUUUGAGAUGCGCUGUUUUCGAUUUCUAUCCAAACAGCCACUACGCGAUCUUGCAAACAGGACCGGACGCCGAACGGGUCAACGCCGAACGGGUCAAUGAUUGGGCAAACGUUUUUGCGACAGUCGGAGCAAGAGCAAAGAACCUCGAGCAGCGAGGAAUCUGAUGCAAAGCAAGAGCCAGCUGCGCCAGAGAAGCCAGCAGUAUAGUUUUCCUCGAUUUCGUUCUCCUUCUCCUCGUUUUCGUUGUCGUUGGAGCUAGUCAGCUAUAGUGAAGAGUGCGCUUCAGUGGCCGUCACGAGUCGAAAAACAAAAUCGCAGGAACAACACCCACAAGCCCCAGCGCCUGUGCACGUGCCACAGCCUCCGAGUAUGCCAAAACCAGCAUCGCAAACUCCGGGCCCCUUCUUACCAACGCCCCCACCUGCGAAGGCAGCACCUGCAGCGAAGCCAUCUGCAACUGCAGAUUCCUCCACAUCUUCGGCCACAGGGGCAACUCCUUCCACCUCUUCCACGUCGGCACCGCCGGCCAAGGAACUUAAACAGCAUCCGCCGGACGGGCCGGGCGGUCUGGAUCUAGGGUCGACCCCCGCUCCCACUGCAGGCACGACUGCCGCCCCUGAGAACCCGCACCAACGGCCGGCUGCGAGCUUCGAGUAUCAGCUGCCGGGGUCGCCGUCAAGUAGAAGCGCUUCCUACCCAACCGCACAAACGAGAACGACACGGGAUCGGCUGCUGAGCGCCAAGGAGCCCGGGCCAGGUCCUCCGGGGCCCGCAUCUAGUACGACCACAGCCAGUGAGGAAGACGAAGAUGGACAGGUGUGAUAUAGUAGUCUUUUGCCGAUGCUUAUUUGGUGAUGUGCGUAUUUGCAUGUUUCCUCGCCAUUAAAAUCAAGGAAAACGAGUAGGGAAUUGGACACCCUACCAAAAAUUAUGAACACCGCAGGUACAACCUGUCCAGCCUGAAGAUUCCAGUGGUGACCCGCAACAAGCAAACGACGGCAAAUUUGCAGCAGCUGCCGCUGAGGUUCGAGAGUUCAAAGCGAACGCUUUUUCCGCAGUGACGGACCCAAAAAAAGCGGAUCCUGCCUCUACAAGUGCAAGUUCGACGGCAAAGAGACCACCGGAGACGCCAAGCUCCGGAUCUUCAGCGGCGCCCCCGGCAAACGGUGCUGUGACUCUGCCAGCGGUCAGCACCACGAACAAUUCCUCUGCGAAUGACAAGGACAAGAUGCAGUGGAGUGUGCAGAACGGUGCUAACUACAAGUUGAAGCACGAACCAGAGCUGGAUGUGGGCGGACAAAUUUUCGGGAGUUUACUUCGGUGCUUUUCACGGGAGCCACGCUGGGUGCAGCAGCAGGGGAUGUCGCCCGAGCGGUCAACGUCGCUUCCGACCGAUUUUCAAAAUGUUAACAAUGCUCUGCAGCCAAUCGAAGGAAUUUCCCCGGUAAACAGCAAGGACACAGUGCGAAGCAACAACUCCGCACCGGACAGCAAAGAAUUUGCUUCCUACAAUUCGUCUAGCAGCAAGGAGGGAGUAGUGCAAGUGCGGGCAGACAGUGUCGUGGCGAACAUCGAUAGCAAAGAUUCCGCGUUGCACAGCAAGACCUCCGCACUUGGUCAGCAACAGCCCUCAAAGGAGCCGCGUCCCCCAAAAGCCCCGAAGUACCAGUUUCACGCCACAGAAGACACGAAGCCCACCGGCGACUACGCGGCCGGCGGUAUCGGAAUUGUGGGCAGGCCAGCACCAACAAGUUCGUAGAUUUGAAAUGUCAAUUUAUGUGUUUGGAGAUACAAAGUAGACGUCGAGACUAAACCAGUUUACAGUUUACAAAGAAUAGAAGCAAAACCGCGUUACAACGCAUGCUGUAAGGAUUUGCAUGUCUCUGAAAAUUCUAGAUGAUGAUGAAAAUUAACGUAGCAAACUAGUAACAAUAUGCAAGAAUAGAAAUAAUCGCCGAUUACACCGAGAGAAUCCAGGACAAAAACUGAUGGAGGCGUCUUUGAAAAUCCGAGAUUCUGACACGACGUGAUACAAAUAGAAAGCCCAAAAGGCGCAUGUAGAUGAUAUUCUGCAAUGCCAACAAGGCACUUCAUCAGCAAUCUGAUACGAAGAUGGG